AUGAACACCCAGCCUCAGACCCGCUCGCCGCCCAGCAGAACAGUGCCAAUACAUUGCACAGACAACUGGAAGAGGAGGAAGGUUUUGGAACAGAGUCCGGUUUACAGGUCCCUGGCUGGAAGAGGCUGGAUAAAAUACUGCAUUUUUGCAGCGGGGCCUCGACCUGCCCAUCACCAGGGAGGAUUCAGACCUAUACAGUUUUUUCAGAGGCCUCAGAUACAGCCUCCAAGAGCCACCAUCCAGAACAGCAGCCCUUCCAUCCGUCCUGGUGCGCAAACGCCGACGGCGGUGUAUCAAACCAACCAGCACAUCAUGAUGGUUAAUCAUCUGCCAAUGCCCUACCCGAUGCCUCAGGGCCCCCAGUACUGUAUACCGCAGUAUCGUCACAGUGGCCCUCCAUAUGUCGGGCCCCCCCAGCAGUAUCCUGUUCAGCCGCCAGGACCAGGACCCUUUUAUCCAGGACCAGGUCCUGGAGAAUUCCCCAAUGCCUACGGAACACCUUUCUACCCAAGUCAGCCAGUGUAUCAGUCAGCACCCAUCAUAGUGCCUACACAGCAGCAGCAGCCUCCACCAGCUAAAAGAGAGAAAAAAACAAUCCGAAUCCGGGAUCCAAACCAGGGAGGCAAAGAUAUAACAGAAGAAAUAAUGUCUGGAGGGGGCAGCAGGAACCCAACGCCUCCCAUCGUGAGACCCACUUCCACACCUACUCCACCUCAGCAGCUGUCCAGCCAGGUCCCCGAGCACAGCCCUGUGGUUUAUGGGACUGUGGAGAACACCCAUCUCGCUGCCAGCACCCCUGUCACUGCGACCAGCAACCCGAAGCAAGAAGAGAAGCCAAAACCAGAUCCAGUAUUAAAACCUCCUUCUCCAGUCCUCAGACCAGAACCUACUGGGGAGAAAAAAGAUCAAGCUGGCCAGACGACCGAGGCCACCUCAGUGGAAACCCCACCAGAACUUCCUCUUGCUCCAUCGCCACCCCCGGCCGCUCCCGUCGCAGUUGUUUCUUCUGCUGCUGCGGUCGCCGUUUCUAGUAAAUCCACAUUCACAGCUGACUCAGAGGAGAAAUGUGAACUCGCUUCCCCAAAAGAGGAGGCAAUGCCUAUAUCUAGUGCCGCACCCUGCACGGACACAUCAGACCCUUCGCCAGCGGAAGAGGCUGAUGCCGAGGUGUGCAAGGAGCCUAGUAGUGUAGCAUCUAGUGAUAUUCCAGUGACUGCUAGUACUAAUCUAAUUAAUGAAAUGAACGGAGUUAGUGAAAAAGUAACUGCUGCAGAGAGCGUAGUAGAUGUAGCCCAGACGGAAGUUGCGCCAUUGACUGUUGAGUUGGAGACACCAGAAGCACCUCCAGCAGAAGUGGAAAGCGUGCCAUCUUCCAGUGCUCUUCACGCUGCUCCCUCUCCUCCUCCCACCCCACCUCCCACCCCCCCGCCACCUUCUCCUCCGAUUUCUGUUGCUGCUGUUACCACUACAACUCCUUCUCCACCUCCUCUUCCGUCUCCUAGUGCCCUCCCUGUUGUUCAGGGAGAUUUAGAAGGAGAGGAGAGCACAAGAACUACUCUUAGUGAAGAGGUAAAAGAUGCUGAAAAGAAGGAAGAGACAGAAGCAGAUGGGCAACUGGAGGAGAGCACAGAGGCUCAGAGUUUAAACUCGAGCAAGAGUCCUGUCCCAGCCCAAACAGCUGUAACUGCACCAAAGACGUGGAAGAAACCAAAAGACCGGACCCAAGCCACUGAGGAGGUGAUAGAGGUGGAAACAGAGCCUAAAGUAGAAGAGGAACUUCCAGGUGACAAAGUACUUGAAUCUGAACAGGAGAAAAUGAGCCAUGGGUUUCAACCGGAGAGAGACCCCUCUGAGCUUAAAAAAGUGAAACCUGUGGAAGAAAACGGAGAGCAGGAAGCAGAACCUGUGCGGAACGGUGCCGAGAGCGUUUCAGAGGGAGAGGGAACCGAUGCAAACUCAGGCUUCACAGAGAGCUCCAGUGAAGGGCCAGUGUACCAGUAUAAACCAGAGCAGUGGAAGCCCCUGGACCCAGAGGGGAAGAAGCAAUACGACCGGGAAUUCUUACUGGAUUUCCAGUUCAUGCCUGCCUGUAUCCAAAAGCCGGAGGGGCUGCCUCCCAUAAGCGAUGUGGUUCUCGACAAGUUGAGAGGAGAGCCCAUCAAGCAGGUCAAUCAGCCGAAAUUGCCACUGAGAACUCUGGACCCUCGGAUACUGCCUCGAGGACCAGACUUCACACCAGCCUUUGCUGAUUUUGGGAGGCAAACCUCUGGUGGAAGAAACGUAUCUGGAAGUUUGUUGAAUGUUGGACCGAGGAGAUCUCAGCCAGGCCAGAGGAGAGAGCCCAGGAAGAUCAUCACUGUGUGUGUAAAGGAGGAUGUCCACCUGAAGAAGGCAGAGAAUGCCUGGAAGCCGAGCCUGAAGAGAGAAAACCAAACCGAGGACCCGGAAAAUGUCAAAACCCAGGAGCUGUUCCGCAAGGUACGAAGCAUCUUGAACAAGCUGACGCCCCAGAUGUUCAAUCAGCUGAUGAAGCAAGUGACAGACCUGACGGUAGAUACAGAAGAGAGACUGAAAGGAGUCAUCGACCUGGUCUUCGAGAAGGCUAUCGAUGAACCGAGCUUCUCGGUGGCGUAUGCCAACAUGUGCCGAUGUCUCGUGACGCUGAAAGUGCCCAUGGCAGACAAACCUGGGAGCACAGUCAAUUUCCGCAAGUUGCUGUUAAAUCGGUGCCAGAAGGAGUUUGAAAAGGACAAGGCUGACGACGACGUCUUUGAAAAGAAGCAGAAAGAACUUGAAGCUGCUACCACUCCAGAGGAGAAGACGCGGCUCCAUGACGAGCUGGAAGAGGCCAAGGACAAAGCCCGGCGGAGAUCCAUUGGGAAUAUAAAAUUCAUUGGCGAGCUUUUCAAACUGAAAAUGCUGACGGAGGCUAUCAUGCAUGACUGCGUGGUAAAACUGCUGAAAAACCAUGAUGAGGAGUCCCUUGAGUGCCUUUGCCGCCUGCUAACUACCAUUGGCAAGGACCUGGACUUUGAGAAAGCAAAGCCUCGCAUGGACCAAUACUUUAAUCAGAUGGAGAAGAUUGUGAAAGAGAGGAAAACAUCUUCAAGGAUUCGGUUCAUGCUUCAGGAUGUAAUAGACUUAAGGCUGUGCAACUGGGUGUCACGGAGAGCAGACCAGGGCCCGAAGACCAUCGAGCAGAUUCAUAAAGAAGCCAAGAUUGAAGAGCAAGAGGAACAGAGGAAGGUCCAACAACUCAUGACCAAAGAGAAGAGGAGACCGGGUGUCCAGCGGGUCGAUGAAGGCGGUUGGAACACUGUGCAGGGGGCAAAGAACAGCAGAGUGCUGGACCCCACCAAGUUCCUUAAAAUCACCAAGCCCACAAUAGAUGAGAAGAUUCAGCUUGUGCCUAAAGCCCAGUUGGGCAGCUGGGGAAAGGGCAGCAGUGGUGGAGCAAAGGCAAGCGAGAUGGACUCCUUACGACCAAGUGCCACUAGUUUGAACAGAUUUUCUGCACUGCAGCCUCCAGUCUCAUCCGUAUCUGCCUCAUCCGCAUCUUCAGAAUUAGAUUCUCGCAGGGCCUUAACUAGUCGCGGGAGCACGGGCAGGGAGAAGAACGACAAACCUCUCCCACCUUCCCUCUCCCGUCCCAACACCUUCCUACGGGGCAGCAGCAGUAAAGAGCUGCUGCUCGAUAACCAGGCACAAGAGGAGCAGCGGAGAGAGAUGCUGGAGACGGUGAAGCAGUUAACAGGCGGCAUGGAGAUGGACAGAAACAGCACAGAGGCGGAGAGGAACAAAGCCAAGGAAUCUGCCAAGCCAGAAGCUCCCCCAGCUCCAGCACAAGAAAAGCCUUCGCUAUCAGAAGAGGAAAUAGAGAGAAAAUGCAAAUCUAUCAUUGAUGAGUUCUUGCAUAUUAAUGAUUUUAAGGAAGCAAUGCAGUGCGUGGAGGAGCUGAGCGCCCAGAGUCUGCUGCCUGUUUUCGUGCGAGUGGGAGUGGAGUCGACGCUCGAGAGGAGCCAGAUCACCCGGGAUCACAUGGGCCAGUUAUUACAUCAGUUGGUGCAGUCGGGAAAGCUGAGCAAGCAGGAUUUCUUCAAGGGCUUUUCAGAUACCUUGGAGAUGGCGGACGAUAUGGCCAUAGAUAUACCCCAUAUUUGGUUGUACCUAGCUGAGUUGGUGACCCCCAUGUUAAAAGAAGGAGGAAUCUCUAUGAGAGAACUCAUACAAGAAUUUAGCAAACCUUUGCUUCCUGUGGGAAGAGCCGGCGUCUUGCUUGCUGAAAUCUUGCACCUUCUAUGCAAACAAAUGAGCCAUAAGAAAGUGGGAGCCUUAUGGAGGGAGUCUGGCCUCAGUUGGAAGGACUACUUACCCGAAGGGGAGGAUGUACAUACCUUUCUCACGGAACAAAAGUUGGACUUCACGGAGUCCGACUGUUCCAGUUCCUCAGAAGCACUUUCAGAGAAAGAACUCUCUGCGGAAGAGCUGAGCAAGCAGCUAGAAAAACUCAUUGUUGAGGACAAGGCGAAUGAUGAACAAAUCUUUGACUGGGUAGAGGCUAAUCUAGAUGAAAGCCAGAUGAGUUCACCUACAUUCCUUAGAGCUUUAAUGACAGCAGUUUGUAAAGCAGCUAUUAUAGCGGACUCUUCCAGCUUCCGUGUGGACACUGCUGUUAUCAAACAGAGAGUGCCGAUCUUACUCAAGUACCUAGACUCAGACACGGAGAAGGAACUACAAGCACUUUAUGCACUACAAGCAUCAAUAGUAAAACUUGAUCAGCCUCCUAAUUUGUUGCGGAUGUUUUUUGAUUGCCUGUAUGACGAGGAGGUGAUAUCAGAGGAUGCCUUCUACAAGUGGGAGAGCAGCAAGGACCCAGCGGAGCAGAACGGGAAAGGAGUAGCGCUGAAAUCUGUCACGGCGUUCUUCACGUGGCUACGGGAGGCCGAAGAGGAGUCGGAGGAUAAUUAAAACUUAAAAUACAGAGGAGGAAAAAAAAAAACAAAAACAAACAAACAAAAAAAAGAAACAGUUUAAGUAUUUUUUUAAAAAGUUUCACGUCUUCGCCAAUCACAGUGCAGCAAGGCCAAUUCUCGCGCAGACCCCCCCCUUCCCCCACACAUGCACGAGUGGGAGAGGUAAAAAUAGAUAAACACAAAGGUGAUCACAAGGAAAAAAAGGUACUUGAAAAAAAAAAAGUAAACUUCAAACCUGAGGGCGGGAGCACUAAACCAAAAUACAUGUAUUAUUUAUAGAAAAUAUUUUCUGUUUUAAUCUUUUUUUUUUCUUUUCUUUUUAAACAAGGACUCAUACUUACAAAAACACAAAGCGAAACAAAUCUGUUUAGCAAAAAAAAAAAAAAAGUUGAAAACUUUUAAUUUAUUAUUUUAAGGACUGCAAAUGCCAGUGUAAUUUUUAAAUUUGCAGUUUCUGUAAACAAAUUGUAUCAUAGAACAAAAGCAGAGAAAUAAAUUUCCCUCCCCUUCAUAUGCACCUCAGUUUUGUUUCAAAGCAUGAUAAAUAGACAAAACUUUCAAGGGGGUUGGGGUAAGCUAGAUGAGGAAGAGAUCAAUUUUAUUUUUUUUUUUAAUUGUCAUCAGAUUUUUCUGCCUGCCUCUCAGCUUGCUUCAGAAAUUUAAAAAGAAAAUAGUAAUCCAAACGUACAUAACCUUGGAACGGAAGGAAAUGCAUUUGAGAAAACCGCUGCGGACCAGAGUGCUCUGAAAAUAACUCAUUCAAAACAGUGCUACCCUGGGGAAAAAGUACUAGUGAUACUUUCAGAACCUUUAGAGCAACUUUAAGGCUUGUAAAUACAUAGAACAAAUAUUUAAAAAAAAAAAAAAAAAAAAAAAAAAAAGAAAAAAAGAAAUUGACUCAAUACUAUUUCUUUUCACUUUCAAAAUAUAAAGAACAAAAUAAAGACAAACGU